GCGCUACAUACAAUGUGGGAGUUACAAGAAGUUGUAGGGAGCGAACACAUUCGAACUCUUGCUAUUAGCCAACCAUGUAUCAUUAAGUUUGGUGAUUCAAAAUGUGACGUCGACUUACGACCAGCCAUAUGCGGUGAAGUCGCUAAAAUAUCUGUUAUUGCCAUGAACGGUUUACAUUUUACGCUAUCUGAAAAUGUUCAGGGACAGUCUUCAGUCAAUAGUGUGUUGCUAUCGAAGCAGCAUCAAUGCAUCAAGUCGGGAGAUGUGAUACAGUUCCGUUGUGUACCGAACAAGAAGUUUAUACUAAUGUAUAAAGAAAUUAAUAUACUCUUUUCUUCAAUAGGGAGAGAUGUAAAAAAAAGAGCAAAAGCAGUUGCUACCCUCAUUCGUGCGAAAAUUUCAAGCGAAUGGUCGAGUGAAUGCAACGUUCUUGUUAUGCAAACUCUAAUCGUUACUUCUAAAGUUAUAUGCGCAUUACUUAGCUGUAUCCCGAUUGUCACACCAGAUUACUUAGAAGAGAUCAAGAAAAUCAGGGGCUACACGUUUGCAGCUAAACCUAAUCCAAAAGAUUUUUUACCGAUUGUAAAGGAGGAAAAGCUGACACAAAAUGACGCUGCAAGGUUCCUCCCAAAUGAUUUGCGUCCUUCCUUAUUUAGUGGAAAGGUGUUCUUUGUUUUAAACAAAGAUAAGUAUAAUAUUCUGUCUGAAAUAAUUCGUUUGGGAAAUGGGAAAUCAUAUCUAGUUGACUCUCAUGAUGCUCUAGUUACUGCAAGUUCGAACAUCAAAGUAUCUGUAUCUGGACAUAAUUCUUCAGACGAUCUCAUCCGUGAUAUUUUGUCUAGACCGGAAAUAUGCGUCGUUCAUUUUCAUCCUACGCCUGUGUCUGAAUCAUGGCAGCGAAAAUUAUAUUCUGUACUGCGUAGUCUACACCGUAGACCUAUUCUUGAAUCGGAGCUGGGCUUUGCUGUUGUAUAUUGCUCAAUAAAGUUAUAUUGCAAUCCAGAUAAACGCUGUCCCGAUGGAUUAUACCACGAAAUUGAUAUAUCUGGCACAUUCUCGGUUAAUCCGUUCCAAAUAGACUCAGAAUUCAUCACAUCAGAGCUCAGCCAAUCAUCUACCACAAUGAUCAAUACGAAACUUCCUGACUCAUCUGAUGAAAAAUUUUCAUUGACAGCGAAGAAUAUGGAAUUAGAUGCUGGACUCAAAUUGAAAUCAUGUCAAACUGCAAGGUCAUGUGAACAUAAAUUUGGAUCCACCACCUCUAGAAUUGUUCCUGUGAAAACUCCUGAGCAUAUAACUGUGGGAAGCGUAUUAGUACACGACUCAGAGCCUAUAGCAAGUCAGAGGUUUAUUGGCUCACCUCAGACUACACCUUUGGAUUUAGAAAAUCAGGAGCCUUUUAAAUCGGAGACAAAUUUAAAUAACAGCAUUUCUACUACAACUUUCGUUCACCAACCUUCAGUGCGUACUGAAAAGGAUGAUCUGUUGGACACAUUAAACAGUAUGCCUUCACUUCUUCAAGCAACAAUGAGGAAAGGUACAUUACUCGAGCCAAAUAACAACGACAAAAAUGAUGCAACUCAGCUCUUUUCAUCACUGUCUGCUGAAAGUUUUGAUAGUAGCAAACCGGAAAUCCCUAAGUAUGAAUUUUCUAUAUCGAGAAAGGAUUCAAAUUCAUCUUUUGUAACUGAAUCGAAUUCAUGUAGCGCCGAGUUAAAUAAUGGUCCUUUAAUUUCAUCAAAUAAUAAAAAUUGUGUAUCAAAAAGUUGGCUCCGAAAACAUCCGACUGAUAACGUUGCUAAUAAUAUUGAUACACAAAUAAAUCUUAAAAGCUUGGUAAUUUUUGCCCCUAUGCCUACCCCGGCAAAUGCUCAACAUACCAUUAUGACUGUCGAACAAUUAAAUAAGGUGAACUUCAAAAAUUUCAAUAAAGUCUGGCCAACUUAUGUUCCUCAGAAUACAUUCAUAAAACCUCGUGUACCAAGUUCGUACCUGUCGAAACCUAUUCCUUUGGCUUCCUACCAACAAACACCGGAGAAACUUAACAGUCACAAGUGUGUUGUGAAAUCAAAACAAUUAUUAGAUGAUGAACAAGAGCAAAUUAAAAAACUUUUCGAGUAAGUAGAUCAAUCUAUUUUUCUACGUGUAUUGUUUAAAUGUACUAACGCAAAUGUUCCCAGCCAAAUUCGAUAGGCAUAAAGUUUCAGCGACAUUAUUUAGCUAUGGUGCCAUAAAACUAAGAAAAGAUUCAUCACAUGUUGGAUAGAAUCUUGUAAAGCACCGUCACUGCAAAAGCUUAGGAAACUCACUACUUUUUAAUUUAUGUAAUAUUUUUUGAUUUUCGGGAUCUAAAUACAUUGUAAUCCCGCAGAUGAGACUUCUUUCCUCACUUGGUGUCAGCUAAAUAAAAAUGUUCUAAAGAAUUGAGUGUGA